ACCAUACCAUGCAAGAACCGUCGAUGAUGGAGGAUUCUGAGCGAUAAUUUCUCUCUUUAUUCUCUCUUUGUCGCACGAAGCUGGGACGUCGAUCGAUUGAGGAGCUUCCAACGCUUAAUCGUUGACGAUGAUGAUCAAUUUCUCAGAAUUUCAUCAAUUAUGCCUUCUCCACUUGGUUACCUGUCUCGCUAAUUCAACGUUUUCCUUUCACUUUCCUUUGUUUUCUUCCAUUUUCUUUUCCUCUUCCUCCUCCUUUCGUCCUUCUCCUUCAUGUUUUUCUGGAAUUUCUAUCUCAUUCUGAUUCAUACCACAUCUUGUUUAGUCUCUGUUUAUUGUAUUGCGAUCGAAUUUGAGAUUUCAGAGGACGUUUUUGGGCGUAUUGCGUGAAUUGGAUUGCAUUCAUAUUGGAGGCUAUUUGCCGUUUUUGUUUUUGUGUUUUUUGGCGAAUCGAUCGAGCUUCUGUGAUCCUUGAGUUGAAGACAUUAUUGGUUGUUUGAUCUAAUUUGGGAGCUUCGGGUUAAAUGCUCUGGUUCCUUUCAUGGGAUUAUCGGAGAUCAAUUCGCGAGUUGGGAUUCAGAGGAUGGAAAUUAUGUCGAGGACUUAGAGUUUGCUAAAUUGAUGGGGAACACAUGUGUAGGACCAAAUCUGGGCAAUAAUGGAUUCUUGAAAUCUGUUACGGCCGCAGUAUGGCCGAGCCGGCCACCGGAGGAAAGACUUCCUCCGCCCAAGGAUGGAACUGAGAGCAGAAGUAAGACAAAUUCGGGUUCUGAUUCUUCCAAAAAUGCCGAUGCUCCCAAAGAUUCAGAUCCUCCAAGUGAUGUUCAAAAUACGCCACCUGAAACGGUGAAAAUUAGUACCGAUGCACACAGAGCAGUGGAGCGCGAGAUGUCGUCUAGAGUGAUUAAAGAUGAAACUAGGGCUCCAGAGGGUGCGAAAUCGAAGAAGGCCACUCAUAUCAAGAGAUUAUCGAGCGCAGGACUUCAAAUUGAUUCCGUAUUAGGGCGAAAAACCGAUAACAUAAAGGAUCACUACACAUUGGGGCGGAAGCUAGGGCAAGGGCAGUUCGGAACCACGUUUCUCUGUGUGGAGAAGGCGACGGGAAAAGAAACUGCCUGCAAAUCCAUUGCGAAAAGGAAAUUGACCACGAAAGAGGAUGUGGAGGAUGUUAGAAGAGAGAUUCAGAUAAUGCACCAUUUAGCAGGCCAUCCCAAUGUGAUACAAAUUGUGGGGGCUUAUGAGGACGCUGUGGCAGUUCAUGUUGUAAUGGAACUUUGUGCGGGUGGGGAAUUGUUUGAUAGGAUUAUACAGAGGGGCCACUAUACAGAGAGAAAAGCGGCUGAAUUAGCUAGAAUCAUAGUCGGUGUCGUCGAAGCAUGCCAUUCUUUGGGUGUUAUGCAUCGGGAUUUAAAACCAGAGAAUUUUCUUUUCAUCAACCAACAAGAGGAGUCACCACUUAAGACCAUCGAUUUUGGGCUCUCCAUGUUCUUUAGGCCAGGUGAAACUUUCACAGAUGUGGUUGGUAGCCCUUAUUAUGUGGCCCCAGAAGUAUUGCGGAAGCAUUAUGGGCCAGAGUGUGAUGUAUGGAGUGCUGGGGUAAUCAUUUAUAUUUUACUAAGUGGCGUGCCUCCGUUCUGGGACGAGACGGAGCAAGGAAUCUUUGAGCAGGUUUUGAAAGGUGACCUUGACUUUAUAUCAGAACCAUGGCCUAGUAUAUCCGGGGACGCUAAAGAUCUAGUGCGGAGAAUGCUCGUCAGAGAUCCCAAAAAAAGGCUGACAGCCCACGAAGUCCUUUGCCACCCAUGGGUAAAAUCUGAUGGAGUUGCUCCUGACAAACCUCUUGAUUCAGCUGUUCUAAGUCGUUUGAAUCAAUUCUCUGCCAUGAACAGGCUCAAGAAAAUAGCAAUUAGAGUUAUUGCAGAAAGUCUUUCUGAAGAGGAAAUUGCUGGCCUCAAGGAGAUGUUUAAGAUGAUAGACACAGACAACAGUGGUCAAAUAACUCUUGAGGAAUUGAAGCAAGGUUUGGAAAGAGUGGGUGCUAAUCUUCAGGAUUCUGAAAUUAGUGGGUUAAUGCAAGCAGCAGAUGUCGAUAACAGUGGUACCAUAGAAUAUGGCGAGUUUGUUGCAGCAAUGCUCCAUUUAAACAAGAUUCAGAAAGAGGACCAUCUCUUUGCUGCCUUCUCGUACUUUGACAAAGAUGGGAGUGGAUACAUCACACAGGACGAGCUCCAACAAGCUUGCGAAAAGUUUGGUUUGGCAGACAUCCGCUUAGAAGAUAUAAUGCGUGAAGUUGACCAGGAUAAUGAUGGUCGAAUAGAUUACAGUGAGUUUGUGGCUAUGAUGCAAGACACUGGUUUUGGCCGGCAGGGAUUGUAAAGCUGCAUGACGACUGGAAUUAGGGAAGCCUUAAGGCUUUAACUAUUAACAUGCCUAAUUCCGGUUCCCAACCAAGAAGACAAUUAUAUUUAUUUUCUGGCCAGUAGGCCCAAUACAUGUUAUUUCUACAGUUAGAAGUUGAAAUUAAUGCUAUUUGUAAAGAUGACAGGCUUCAGAGGGAGAGAGUUAGUUUCUUGUUUA